GGAAUGUUAAACACCGCUACCAGCAGGUUAACCUUUCCUAAUUAUAGGGUCACUGUGGUACUUAAAUUUCCUUCCCAUCAGCGUGACAGUUGAUAAACAACAUGGCUCAAUUGAAGACGUUUGUAGCAUGGGCUGUAUUUAUACUUACUCCUUUUGAUCACCCGGGCUAUUCCAAAGUAUAUGAAGUGAUAUGUGCAGACCCAAAACCUAAAGUUGACCACUGCUUAAAAGGGACAUCGACAAGUGAAGAGGAAUGUUCCCAAAUCCAUACUGGUGACACCACACUAACACCACUUAAAGGGAAGGUACAGGAGCCUUUACUGCCUGCGCUGAUACCCAGCCUGUUCUCUAAUGUUCCACCUGUCAUUAACUUUGUGCUGCCUGGACAACAAAGAGAGGCGUUUCCAGAUAGCAUCAAGAGUCGUUUGUUUUGGUACAAGUCCGGCUCUCCUCUCAUAUCUUCCAUAGCGUUCGCGUCUGGAUACACCCUCACUGAUGUGUUAACGGAUUUCUAA